AUGUCGCCGCCAAAGCAGACUUUGACGACCGGAGACGCUUCCCUUUCCGGCCAAUUCGGCCCGCAUCCCAGGUCGACGAUCAAAGAAGAAGACCUGGUGCAUAUCAAGUUCCUCUGCGGCCUUCCGUCGGAGGCGGAACUUAUCGCUCCGGGGCCUGAUCUAUCACCGGAAGACCCACCCCCUGGGUACUGCUGCGCCUACGAGAUAUUUUUCUCGAGUCCGCUAGCGGGGUUCCGGGUCUUCGAUGACUUCCCGGAAAAGGACGAAGAAUACCGAAGUGACUACUUCUUCUUCCCAGUAAACCGAGACACUUUCGGCGAUCUACAAGAGUUGCUUGUUCCGCACUGGUCUCAGAAACCUGCUUCCCUCGACCGCGGGCUGCUGUCUCAAACCUUCGCGGACUAUUUUACUACGUUCUGCGGUGCCGAGACCGCUUGGGACUCCUUCACCUGCCCCCGAGUCCGCGAGGCCGGUGCCCACAUUCGCACCCGAUUUCUCACUGUCUCUUCCCCGCAGUCCGCUCCCCCCAAUAUGAACUACCGCGAAGAGAGAGCUCAUAAGAAAAAGAUGGAGCUGAAAGAGAAGGAGCUGAAGAAGAAAAUGGUUGCCGCGCUGGCGGAUGCCAAGAUGAAAAACUCUUCGAAGGAGAAGUCCUCUAGCUCGGUUGCUCCCCCAGAGGGCGGAGAUCGGGAAGUGAUUACACUUCCCGAUAGCGACGUGAGCACCGAAUCUCCCGCUGCUCGUCCAACUCCGGGAGAUGGCCAGGCCAGUGAGCCGAAGAAACGGAAGGCUGCCGAACUUGCGCGCCCAGUACGUGCGAGCUCAAGGCUCCGUACCGAGGAGACCCCUGCCUCAAAAGGCUCUUUGCCUGCGACCCCGAGUCCUGUUGACCCGAAAGCGACCCCGAGGCGCGAACUUCCGGCUCCGCCGAAAUCCCUAGCCGACAUGAUGCGGAGCUUCAGCCAACCUGGAGCUCGAGUUCCCGCCUUUAAGGACAUGUCCACGACCAAACGGGAGGAUUACUUCCGUUUUGUUGAGAAAGUUGGCGAGAUGUUGUUCGAGUUCAACAGCUCGGUGGCUCAUUACGAAGAGCAACUCUUCGUCAGUCCCUCAGCCAGCGAGAUAGGAGUUCUACAAUCCCGGAUCUCUGACCUCGAAAAGGAGGUAAAGAAGCUCAGGUCCUCGGAAGCUUCUAACCGUGCUGAAGUGGAGAAGGCGGUUAAGUUCAACAAGAGGCUUAGAACCGUUGAGGGUGACCUGCAGAUCGCCGAGUCAUCCCUGGAGACUUGCCAGGACAAGCUCCAAUUGGCCGGUGAGCUAUACCUAAAAGCGACCACUGUCGAAACAGAGGCGAGGCAAGAGCUUCAGGAGAUCAAACUUCGGAACCAGCUUCUGGAAGCGGGUAACAGCUCCGAGAUGGAGAGGGUAAGGAGAGAGGAGCGGAGGAAGACACGGGCUGAGCUUCGGAGCACGAUCGAUCAGAUCGGGGCACAUCUCUUGGAGCAUGACCGUAUGAUUCCCCAUGCUAUCCGGGCUGCUGAGAUCACCGCCAACCGAAUGCUGGUGGAGGAGAUCAAGAGGGGCGAGAUCGCCGAUCUGAAGGAGGAGCUUGAAACUCUGAAGGCUGACGAACUAACUGCCAACCUCGAGGCCGAAAAGGUAAAGAAUUUAUCCUUCGACCCUUCAUCCUUCACCGCUUUACUAGCGGACACUCCCCCCGAACUCGGGCCGGAUCCUGCUCCAACCACCCUGAUGAUUGAGGAACCCGCUAAUGACCCCCCUGCUGUGCCGAACCAGGAACUGGAGGCGAUCAAACCGGGCCUUAGCAAGGAGGUGCGCGAAAUGUCCACCCCCGAGAGUGCUGGAGCUCUCGUAGGUGAAACGGCCGGCCUCUCGUCAGCUCGCUCCGGAGAUCAUACCGCGGAUCCCGAACUCAAUUAA